GUAUGCUCGUAUAUAGGCGCUCAGCUAGUCUAGAACCCGAGAUGGACGAUCAGUUGCUAAAGUUGAAGGGGACGGAGGGCAGCAGAUCCGGCGAGCUAAUGAUAUGCGGCCACGUCAAAAAUCUCCGUAGAUUUCAUAUCAUGGGCCCAUGGCAUGUCGCCCAUUCCAACACAACGCUACCUACCAGCCAGCCUACCAGCCAGUCCAGCCCUCGCCCGUUAGGAGUUAGAAAACGGAAGGGGGACAAAAAGAAGAAAAGAAAAGAAAGGAAAGGCACCACAAAAAAUAAAAAUAAAAAUAAAAAGUGUACAUGACUUGCUCACGAUAUUUCUACCCGCGGUAGAUGUAUUACCUGCGUAUUAGAUGCAAGUAUUAGAUGUACCCCAGAUACCCAGAUACUCACUCAGAUACCCAAAGAUGAACAACCACUUGACUGGUAAAACCAGCAACAGCAUUUCGUCAAAUGCAUACAAUCCAUACCAAAUCCAUACCCACAUGCUCCCUGUUGAGGUACCUGAAGUCCACGUUGCGCUGUUCAUGGUCGCCUUGCGAGCCAAUCAAUCCCCUCCCAAUCGUCGAGACGCUGGAGGGUUUGCCAACUCAUCAUCGCAUCAAAUGUGGUCUGUGUGUAGCCUUCAAGUAUCGCUUUUCCUGCACCUCUUCCUGUCACCAAUGCUUUCUCCCUUUCCUUCUUCUCUUUCCUUACUACUAAUCCUCUCAAUCCACUAUGGUGACCGAUUAUUGUAUCUUCUCUUUUUCCUAUUUCUGUUAAAGUUGGGCAUUUUAGCCGUAGUCCCUGUCGAGCGACAGACGCCAUGUCGAGCGACACAUUUGUGUCACACCUUUUUUUUACAAGGGCGACUAAUAAGGAUUCCCCCCCUCUGCGCCGCCCUAGGCGCAUCUCCUUCGCGCUCUCAAAAUUUUUUUUUGCCAACCACUCGUCUCCUACAAAACAUUAAAGACAUUGAAGCAAUGCACAUAUGCUUCCUUGCAUAUUCGAACAUCUACCAAUGUUCACUGUCAAAUCUCCCCCUUUAAACGUUGAUGUGAUGAUCCGACCAAGGGAAAAAACGUAUUGUGAAGGCUAUCCUGACCCUUCUAGCAUGCCGAAUUCUGAAACCGUCGACUCCGUUUCCAAUAACCAUGCAGUGUUUGGGUCGAGCAGAUAAGGCACAUAGAAACGAAAGGAAAAUGAAAUUCUGGAAGAUGGUUUAUAUAUUAGGUCGUCGCCGGCCGGAAGCUGAACCGUCUUUUACACCCCGUGAUAUCAUUAGCGUCG